AUGGCUCGAUUCGAAUCAAUUUACAUCAAUUAUGCUCUGAUUGCUCUGAUUGCUUCGGUGCAUCACCUAGAAACUGUCCGAUAUUUGUUUGACGGCAAGUUAGAUACAAUGGAAGCUUACACUGCAAAAGUCAUUGAUGUCUGUAACAAGGCUCUAACAUCAGGAAAUAUACGUCAUCCUCCAAUAACACAUCGAAUCAAGAAAUGGGAGUCCGCUGAGGGAACUCUUCGGCGACGCCAGAAAGAAAGAAUAGCUCGUCAACGCCUUCGUACUGUAGUACAAUCAAAGGGUUGGAGUUGGCCGGACUGGUGUCGGAUUUUGGGCCAAGAGCAAUGUGAGGAAGAGAUAGGACCAUUCCAGAACCCUCAAGAAAUUCUCGAUGCUUUACACGACUUCAGUGGCCUUCGCAUCUCGCUUUACUUUCCAGGAGAUGUAGAGCGAGUUGUCAGCCUACUAAGUAAUCGACUACAAGUCAUCAGCAAAUGGCGCAAAGAUCAGGAUUCCGACAUUGCACAGAAGCUCGAAAAGUGCAUUGAGGUACUUAACGAGCCUGGUGCUGCUGGAAAAGCAGCAGACCUCGUCAAGGGGGAGUUUCCAGGCUAUAGAGCGACCCAUCUCAUUGUGAAACUCGCACCUAAGGACAUCCCACCUACUAAAAUUUCCCCUUGGAAAGACAUCAAAGUUGAAAUUCAAAUCGGGACUUUGAUAAUGCAUGUGUGGUCUGAAAUCGAGCACGACAUGUUGUAUAAGCCGCUUGCAUCACAAGAUCAAAAGAUAUCUCGAGAGGAAGAGCAAGUAUUGAACAUUAUUAACGGCAUCGUGAUGACAGGCGAAGGUGCCCUACGCCAACUCGAAACAUGUAUGGAAAGACGGCAGGAUCAACGGACAAAAGACAAAUCUGCGUUCGCAAUAAGUCAUCAUGAAUUGGGUGUCUGGAUCGAAAAGUACUGUGCUGAACGUGCAAAACCGCUGGUUUCACAUGACUGGAAUCGCUUACCCGAACUUUUUGAAAUUCUGAAAGCGACUGGCGAUCAUAAGCACUCAGAAGUUGAAUCAAUUGUUGAGGAAGUCUUCCAAGAUCAAGAGAAAGAAGCCCGGCGCGAUACCAUCUCUCUGUUUAUGUUACAAGUACUUUGCAAACGUAACCUCGAAGCCCAACCGCCAUCCCUAGAACUUAAUGGUGCAGGAAUGCUGGGCCCUACUGCCCAAUUCUGGGCUAUACAUUUUGUGCAUAGCCUCAACAUGGCAACUUACCUAGGUGUCGAAGAAAAAUUCAUUGGCAUACCUGACAGACCUGAGCCAUCAAUGACAAAGAUGCUUGAUAUCCUGCAUCCUUACCAUCCUCGCUGUGGAGACGCUGCAGAUGCCCAAGCUAUAAUCUAUUACUGCCAUGGGCUUCUCCAUCGUCAGCAUAAUCCAUGGGUAAGAGUUGCAACUCUCUUAUCGCGUACCAUCGGUGUCAUUAGAACCACGGACUUCGGUGAUUCACAUGAUAUACUCGUACCAGGGAUCAUGAGCAGGUUUUUCCAUCUCAAGUCGGUAUCUGCGAUCAAUUCUAGCCUUGGAACUGGAAUCAUGGAUGUCGAACAAUACUGGAUCAUUGGGUUCGUGAGGUACUAUUUAGAUCGAGAAUCUUCGAGACUAUCAUACGAUGUCUGGGACCAAAUAAAGUUAUUGUCUACCGAGUCUAGGAGCCCAAUCGACCAGCAAUUCUUCAAACCUUCAAAUGUGCCAUGGCAUCUAUUCGAAUAUCCCGACUCAAGGUCAUGGGAACUCAUUGAUCCACCAAUCUUGACACUCAAACGGCUUGGGUCUGGAGUUUCGGCAAUUGAUUCCUCCAAAAUACAAGAAACAUCGGACAGCGCAGAAGGCAUUCUGACCCUCCUAUAUCGACUGCACUGUCGAAAAAACUGGGCUCAAGUAAAAGAGAGCUACAAAUUGGCGAGUUCCUUAGGGCGUCCUGCUAUCCCCGAUUAUUCAAAUUCUCAUCCAGUGACGCCACAAUCGCACCACGCUCCAGGCCUGGGGCCACUUCACCAUAUACCUGUAGGAAAACUCCGCUAUGACAUACGCUACGGGGGAAGCCUUCCACCACUUGCGCCGCCCGUCAAACCGCUUCCAGCCAUUCCCGAAAGUACACGGGCCGACUGGCCAUUAGGCCCGGAGGAGUCGAACUUGAGCGUACCUCGCACGCUUGUAGAGCUCCCCGCCGCCAUUCCUCAGGAGCCAAUUCUUACACACGAUUCAGUGACCUCGCCUGUGGAUUGGAUGCGACACUCAUCGCCGCACUUCUGA